GCUAUACGUGCGGCAAAAAAAGUUUUCUAAUGCUAUGCUAGUCAUUUUUGGAAGAACAAAUCAAGUUAAGCAAAAAAGAAAAGAAAAGAGAGAGAGAAAUGGAAGGGAAGAAGAUAGGGAGGAGAUUGGAAGGAAAGGUGGCGAUAGUGACGGCUUCGACGCAAGGGAUCGGCUUCGGUAUCAUCGAGCGUUUCGGUCUCGAAGGCGCUUCCGUCGUCGUUUCUUCCCGCAAACAGGCAAAUGUUGAGGAAGCAGUAGAAAAACUCAAAGCCAAAGGGAUUGAUGCUUAUGGUAUCGUCUGCCAUGUUUCCAAUGCUCAACAUCGCCGUAAUCUUGUUGAAAAGACUGUUCAGAAAUAUGGAAAGAUAGAUAUCCUUGUCUGUAACGCGGCUGCUAAUCCAUCUACGGACCCAAUCUUGUCCACCAAAGAAGCUGUCCUUGACAAGCUUUGGGAAAUCAAUGUCAAAUCCUCUAUUCUUCUCCUUCAGGAUGUGGCUCCUCACUUAGAGAAGGGUUCCUCGGUUAUCUUCAUAACUUCCAUCGCUGGAUUUCAACCACAAGGAUCCAUGGCUAUGUAUGGUGUCACUAAGACUGCUCUUCUCGGACUAACCAAGGCUCUUGCUGCUGAGAUGGGUCCGGACACACGUGUCAAUGCUGUUGCUCCCGGUUUUGUGCCCACACACUUCGCUUCUUUCAUCACCGGGAACUCCCAAGUGAGGGAAAGCAUCGAAGAGAAGACUCUGCUUAACAGGUUGGGAACAACAGGGGACAUGGCUGCUGCGGCCGCUUUCCUAGCAUCAGAUGAUUCUUCUUACAUCACCGGAGAAACUUUGGUCGUCGCCGGAGGAAUGCCCUCAAGGCUCUAAAUCAAGUAAUAGUGUAACAAAACCCAACAAUGAAAUUGUCAUUUUAUUUUAAAGUUUUCACGAACUAAGAUUUUAAGAACAAGAAAAGAAGUUAUAAUAAUAUAUCAUAAAACCAUCAACCUACGUUUGGUACUUUA